UGCUGGAACUUGCCCACCCAUGACACCCACGUGGGUGAUGGCUUCUUCAGGGAGCUGUGGGCAUCUCAGCCCCAGAAGGUGCGGGGCCACCCGCUCUGCAGCAGCCAGGCAGAAGCCUUUGUCCCGAUGGCACCUUAUCAGCAGUGCCAGGCGGGGCUGGCCCCCGGGCAGCAUCCCAGGCCUGUUAUCGGCCCCAGAGUCCACAGGACACUUGGGUUAACGAGUAACCAUGCGCCAUCCCAUCCUGCCCGCAAAGCGCCCGUGUCCAGACCGGCCACCCCGGGGGUAACAGUCAACAUGGGUGCCAGGAAAGAGGGGACAUCCCGGAAGCACGGCUCUUCCGUCCAAUCGCCUCCCGUGUACCCCUGGCUGCUCCCCUUCGCCCUCACCUGCGCCGCCUACUUCCUGCUCUGGAUCCCUGAGGACCAGCCGUCGGCCUUCAGCGCUUUCGUCAAAUGCCUGCCCAUCCUCUGCCUGGUGCUGCUGGUGCGGGCCACGGCCUCCCCGGAUGCCCGCACCCCCCUCAGUGCGGCCCUGCUAUGCUCGGCCGUCGGGGACGUCUGCCUCAUCUGGCCCAGCGCCUUCCUCUACGGUCUGGGUGCCUUCGCCGUGGCACACCUGCUGUACAUCUGGACUCUGGGCUUCACUCCGCUGCGGCUGCGCCUGCUACUGCCCAUCGCGCUCUUCUCGGCGCCUUACACCAUUCUCCUGUUGCGUAGCCUGCCCGCCGACAUGGUGCUGCCCGUGGUGGUCUAUGCGCUGGUGCUCGCCUGUACCCUGUGGCGCGGCCUGGCUCGGGGCGGGGCGGCCGGCUGGGGGACGCUGCUCUUCACCGUGUCCGACUCGGUGCUGGCCUGGAGCACCUUCGUAGGACCACUGCCCCACUCGCGCCUGGUGAUCAUGACCACCUACUACGCCGCCCAGCUCCUGCUGGCCCUGUCGGGGGUCCAGGGCUCCCGCCCCAAGGCCUCCUGACUAGGGGCCCCCUCCUCUCCUGCCACCCACAGGACCCCCCUCCCAGUCUGGCUGGGUGCCUCCCCAGGGCCCCGGGACUGGGCAUGGGGCUCCAGCACUCCUGCCUGCAGGCACCGGGCCCCCUUGGGACAACAGAGCACUGUGGGGGGGAUUCUGAGCCCCACCCCGACCUCCAUCCCCUUCCCCUCGAUGCCUAUGUCCCACCCCAGUCCCCUCAACCAGACUCUCACCUGGGGCCCGGCAGCCCUGCACCUGCCUCAGUGAUCCCUGGAUGCCACCCAGGCUUGUCAGUGGACUGAAACUUUUUUUUUU